AUGUCUGAUGGAAAACUUUACCGUAAAUACUUUGACCACCCGCUGGAGGAUGAUGGCCAUUGCCCCUUCACAUUGUUAGCAGCCAAAGUACCAGACAUGCCGGCAAUGUAUGGGGAAGGAAGAAAACACGCGCUUCAGCGGCUGCGGUCGGAGAUUGAAAGGCAGUUGGGAAACCACACUACCUAUCCCAAGAAGCCAGAGAUUCUUCACCCAGUGAAUGAAUGGAUUGUGCCUUUUGAAAGAAACUUUCGUUUCACUGACCGCGAAUCCGAGCUGGCCGAACUUGAGAGUAGGCUCUUCGCCAACAAUCAAUCUACAAGAAUUGCAGUCUAUGGACUCGGAGGUGUGGGGAAGACCCAGCUUGUGCUAGAGCUCCUGUAUCGAAUAAGGGACAAGGACAAGAGUUGCUCUGCCAUUUGGAUACAGGCUACAAGCAUGGAGAGUCUGGACCAAGGAUACCUUAGUGUGGCUCGACAGUUGGGAAUCAAGGACUCUGGAGCCAAAGAAGUGGACAUUAAAAAGCUUGUUCAAGACUCCCUGAAUGACGACUCUGCAGGGCAGUGGAUACUGGUUUUUGAUAACGCCGACGAUAUUCACAUGUGGAUUGACAGGACUGGAUCUGAAAGCCAGCAGACGAAUUGCUUGCUUGAUUACGUUCCGCGAAGCAAAGCUGGUCGAGUCAUCUUCACGACGAGAGACAGGAAAGUUGGUGUCAAACUGGCGCAACAGAAUGUGAUGGAGGUGCCCAAAAUGACCGAAAGUACCGCAAUGCGCAUGUUUCAUGACUGUUUAAUCGACAAAAAGCUCCUCGACACAACACCUGGGGAUGCAAAAGCAAUGCUUGCCUGGCUUACCCAUCUCCCGCUUGCCAUCGCCCAGGCAGCCGCGUAUAUCAACGAGAAUGGGAGCACCUUGACAGAGUACUUGGCGUUGAGCACCCCGAUACUCUAUUAA